GCGUGGGCGGGAAGCAGGGGAGAGGGAAGCGGGAGACAGACAGGGAGGUUUGGCACGGCACGGCAGCGGCCGCCGUAGCACCCCAUAGGUUUCAUGGCCAAACUAGUUCAGCAACGGACCAAGUUCCUGCCUCAGGAAUGGAGCUUCUCCAACAAGAGCCGCUACAACAAUGCGGAGGUUCAGAGGUCGCGGUCAGAGCGCCUGGUCUUGGAGAGCGAGAGGUUGGUGGACGAGAUCGAGAACACCACAAGGAAGUCACAGCGAGAUGUCAACAAGAAGCUCGACCAGAGGAUCGAGGAGGUCACCUACUGGGAGAAGGAGCUCGACACAAAGCUAGAAGAGCUCUCGAACGAGACGGACCUGCUGUUGGCCCAGAAGACGCGGCUGGAGAAAGCUCUGGACAGCUGCUUUGCCCCGCUCUGCAUCGCUCAGCAGUGCCUGCUGAAUCGGGAGAAGCGGGUCGGCAUCGAUUUGGUCCAUGACGAGGUGGAGAGGGAGCUGCUGAAGGAGGUGGAGGUGCUGCAGGGAGUCAUCGCCCUGCUGACACGCACCAUCGAGCAGACCGACGAGCAGAUCAGGUUAAACCGCACCGCUAAGUUUUACUUGGAGAAGGAUUUGCAAGACAAGUCCACUGCCCUGAAAGUGGACAAAUUCACUGCGAAUCUCACCAACAACUCCCCAAACAUUGACUACUGGGCCAAUGUUGUCAGGAUAGAGGGAAACUCCGUCACCCCGGAGGAGUGGCAGGAUUUUACCAACACCAACAUUGUGAACGCAGACAAGCAGAAAAAUAACUCCACCGCCUUGCGCUCCCUGAUCGACAGCAUCCUAUUGGAAACCACGGACGACAUGCUGAAGCAAGUGGAGAGUGUGAACAGAGCCUUCCACUUCCGCAUCCAGGACACCAAGGAUGCAAAGUGCAAACUGGAGAAGCACCUCAAUAAGGUGAUGGACGAGAUCUCAUCUCAGGAGAAGAACAUUGAGCUGCUGAAGAAGACCAUCAUGGAUAAAGAGGGGCCCAUGAAGGUGGCUCAGACACGCCUGGAAACCAGGACCAAGCGGCCAAACGUGGAGCUGGUGCGAGACCCGGCUCAGUACCGGCUGGUCACCGAGGUGCAGGAGAUCACCGAGAACGUUGACAGGCUGCGUGCCACCCUGGCCCAGGCUGAAGCAGAGCUAAAGGGCCUUCGCCGCAACCAGCUGUCCCUGGAGGAGGAGAUCGAGAUCAAGAGCAACUCGCUUUACAUCGAUGACGUGCAGUGUAUGAACCUGAGGAAUUCCAUCUCCAUCAACCACUUCUAGACCAGGCUCCUGCUCUGAGAGUGAAGAGACUGUGUGUUUGUACAAACAGAACUUUAUUACAGCGGCGCUGGAUAUAUCUCCUGCCUCAUGUCAGAUUCUUACACCCUUCCUAAUGUACCUAUACCUCGCUGUCAGCUAUCAGUAAAUUCUUUUCCAAUGAAACACA